CAUGUGUUCACGUUCCUGGGGAUGUUGUCGUCGGAUGUUGAUUGAACCCUAGUGACAUGGACUUCCUCAAAUCGGCAGUCGCGUCGAUCUCAAAAGGCCCAGCAUUCGGGUACACCUUUGGCGAUAGAGUUGACCAGGAUCAGUCGGUAUGGACGUUGCAUAACGGCACAAAGAGGGAGGAUGGCUCGAAAUGCAGCAUCUUCUCCUUCGACAUCAAUGCGAACCGUGGGCGGUUACCACUGGCGAAGAAUGCGCUAAGAAAGUUCCGCACUCUAAGACAUCCUGGGAUCGUCAAAGUACUAGAUACGGUGGAGACAGACCAGCUAAUUUACAUCGCAACUGAACGAGUGACGCCGUUGCCGUGGUCCACGAAACGGAAAGCGCUAUCAGAAGAGAGCUUAAAGUGGGGUCUACAUAACGUUGCGAAGACGCUGAAAUUCAUCAAUGAUGAAGCGUCGUCUGUGCACGGCAACCUUCGCGCCUCAUCAAUCUACACAAGCGAGAGCGGAGAGUGGAAGCUUGGUGGACUCGAUGUCCUGAGCUCGCUGAAGGAAGAUGAUGCGAUCAUCUCCAGUCAUGGCAGCCUCGUGCCAGAUAUUGGGCGGUACUCGCCGCCCGAAAUCGCCAAGGCUGGAUGGGAGAGUGUAAGAAAGAACCCAACGCACGCCGUGGAUGCCUAUCAAUACGGCAUCCUUGUGUACGAAGUCUUCAAUGGCAGCUUUGCAGGCUCUGACCAGCUCGCCACGACGAAGAAUAUCCCUAUGGAGAUGCAUGCGAGCUAUAAGCGUCUCACCCAUGCUAUCCCAAAGAUGCGGUUGAGUAUCGCCCACUUCUUCGAGCAAGGCAGUAGGACGGGCGGCUUCUUCGACACGCCAUUGAUUCAGCUCUCCAACGGCGUUGAUAAUCUUGGUUUAAAGACCGACGCAGAAAAGGAUGUCUUCCUUGGCGAACUCGAAAAGGUUGCAGAGACAGAUGACUUCCCAGAAGACUUCUUUAAAGUCAAAGUGCUUCCGGAACUGCUCAAAGCGGUUGAGUUCGGUGGCGGCGGUCCGAAGUCGUUCUCGCUAGUCCUACGCUUCGCGACGAAGCUUUCAGAGGACGAAUACGAUGCUCAAAUCACGCCAGUGGUGGUCCGGUUGUUCGGCAACCCUGACCGCGCGCUUAGAGUCUGCUUACUGGACAAUUUGCCACUAAUGAUCGAUCAUCUCAAUCAGAGGGUCAUUAACGAUAAAAUCUUCCCGCAGAUGGUGACAGGCUUUGGCGACGCUGCACCUUUAGUGCGCGAGCAGACCGUUAAGGCCGUGCUGGUGGUCGUGCCGAAACUCUCCGAUCGCAUUAUCAAUGGCGAGCUGUUACGGCAUCUUGCAAAGACAGCUAAUGAUGAGCAGCCCGGCAUCCGCACGAACACAACCAUCUGCCUUGGAAAGAUAGCGCGCAACCUCGGUGUCGGUUCGAGAGCCAAAGUCUUGACUGCUGCCUUCUCCCGUUCACUACGUGAUCCAUUCUUACAUGCCAGGAAUGCUGCGCUCAUGGCCCUGGCAGCCACUGCGGAUGUUUUCAGCGAAGAUGAUUGUGCAACCAAAAUGCUGCCUGCGAUCUGCCCGAGCUUGGUUGACAAAGAGAAAGUCAUCCGUGACCAGGCCAACAAAACGCUCAACAUCUACCUUGAGCGUGUGCGUAGGUACGGUCAAACUCUGCCGGAGACUAUAUUGCCGCCCCAUUCAGCAGAUAACAGUGCGUCAAACACGCGUAUCAGCACGCCUCAACCAGGACCCGGCGGCCAGUGGAUGGGCUGGGCGAUCUCUUCCUUCACCAACAAGCUAAGCACGGCGAGCGGAGAAAUUGAACCGAACAGUAAUGGUGUCAGACCCACACCACUCGGACGAUCCUCGUCGUCGCCUUCCAUGAAUGGCUCGUCAACAAGGGCAUCUCCAGCGCGGCCGGGUGUACCUUCAGCGCCAAUCGUAGCGCGGGCAAGCUCGAGCUUGCGCACUUCCACAUCAACAGAAUUGGAGCCCGAAGCCGAAAACUUUGGUGCAGACUGGGGCGACAUAGAUGAGCAGGAAGAAAUUGUGGACUCAUGGGCCGAACCCAUUGCACAACCACCUCGCUCUUCAACAAAUAGUCACACCUCCAAGCCAAGCAUAGCAUCUAGUGCAACGUACGACGACGGGGGUGAGCCUGACUUCGAAGGGUGGCUGAAUGCGCAAGCAACGGCGAAACAGCAAAGCAAAAGGCCUUUGCCAAAAGGUCUUGCGACGAAGAAGCCGCUCGCGGCAGUAAAGCAAACGUCAGCGGCGCUGAAACCGGCGACAGCAACGUCCAUCAAACCUGAUGCAAGCAAGCCGGCAACUACAGCGAGGGCGGAGGAGGAGGACUGGGGUGAUGCUUGGGGUUGAUAACGGACUUUGCCGUUGCAUUUUGGUUCCGAAUGGCUUGCUGAAUGCAUGAGAUCACGUAGCCGCAAUGCAGGACAUAUUCGCGUCGCCGACUGUGCUUGACUGGGCGACUUGAAUGGUGGAAGCCAAAAACUGGCUAUGCGAUACUGUCUAAAAGCUUGGCCAAGCCUAUCGCAAUAUGUCACAGUCUAAGCGCAUGCAAUGCCGAAUUCCAGUUCCGUGUAGCUUUCCGUAGCGUUUCAGCAUUAACCUUAUAGCAUAAAUGCCGAUCUCAAUACAACCAG